AGGAAAGAGUCCCAGGGCACGGAAAUCAGAUGUAAAAACCCUUGGCAAUCAACUAGUUAUUAACGACUAUAGUUCACACCUUGAAGCAAAGAGGAAAGAGAACCGGAGAGGAUUUCCCUCCCGGAACCCAACACCGCCGUUGUCGGCUAUACGCGUCUGCAAAGGGCUUCCAUCUUGCUUGGCAUGUGAAUGGAGUCCAAAUGGAGAUGGCUGUUGACUUUGAGGCUUUGCUUCCUGAUUUUGAUGGUAAAUGGAGUGAGAUCGUGGACGGGUGAAAUCCACGGCAGAGUGGUGUGUGAUGUGUGUGGCGACUCUUCAAUUGGCCCCGAAGACCAUGUUCUGCAAGGUGCUGAGGUGGCUGUGCUUUGCAUAACCAAAUCAGGGGAAGUGCUAAACUAUCAAGCAUUCACAAACUCGGACGGGGUAUACACAGUGGCCGAGACAAUGCCAGCAAGCGAACGUUGGGAUGCAUGUCUAGCCAGGCCUAUCAGCAGUUUCCACAGUCACUGCACACAUCUAGGAGAAGGUACCGUUGGUGUCAAGUUCAGUUACAACCACCCAUCAGGCUAUUCUCACACUGUCCGGCCUUUUGUCUAUCGUCCAGCCAUUGUUCCUGUAUACUGCACUUAGAAAGUGUGAUUGAAACAGAAUUGUUGAAAUGGAAAAACAGACCAAGUCGAGCUGUAUAUCUAUGAAAUAUUAUAUGUAUAAUCACAUUCUGAACUUGAUUUCAAUGUGUUGUUUAUAUAACCGGAAAGAUGUAGAACCAUGUGCCGACCCAAUUUAAGAAGAAUGGUUAGUGAGCAAUGCAGUGCUUCCUUUUGACCAA